UUCUUCUUUCUCUUUUAAAUGAAAUAACGAACACAUACACGCACGCGUCCACGCGCACACACAUACACAGGCUCGUACACAGAUACACAGACACGCACGCACCCGUGAUUAUUCUAACUCGAACGGGGAUCUACCGAACAACACGCCAAAAUUCUGGUGGUUGGAUAGGAAAAUUUUACUCUAUGGUGAUUAGAUAAUUUCCUGUACUUACUUGAAGGUGGGAAAUAUUUAUCCAGUGCAGCAAAGAAUUUCUAAGGAAUAUUGGUUGUUAGAGUGAAAUAACAGCAACAACUCCAGCAAUAACACCAAUGAAAACCUGAAAUCAAACUGAUACAAAUCAAUCACUCACCCACUCAAUCGAUCAAUCAAUUAAUCAGUCAGUCAAUAAACUAGUUAAUCAAUCAAUACAUCAAUUAAUCAAUCAGUUAAUCAACCAUAAAAUUCAAUGGAAUCAAACAAUGACAACUGGUCAGAAAAAUUAUCAGAAACCAUUCAGAGGAUCCGUAAAUAUGUGAUAUUCGUUCUCACAUAUGUGGCUUACUGUAUCACACGAUACAUCGUGUUGUUAUUCCAGCGGAUAUCAUGGGGCAUCAUGGGAGUAGAGUACAUUCGCAGGGACGCUCGCCGGGGACUCCAAUAUAAGCAGAGUGCACAUGUCCAAGAUAUAAUUUGGAGAAGGAAGUUGUAUGAUAUCAGCAUAGCACAUCCAGUGAAUUUCAUUACGGUCCAUAAUGGUUUCAAACACCCGACAUAUGUCUUGAAACAGAAGGUGACACUCUAUUGUCUCACUAAACAUGAAGCUGUAUUUGUUGAGACGACAGAAAAUGUCGACAUAUACAACUCAGAUGUAAUCCCAGCAUUUCAUAAUGCUCAGUUUAAACAUGCUCAAAAGAUUAUUACCAUGCCAUUAGCUUCUUUCCAUAAAAUGGCUUCUGAUCUUGGUGAUCCACGCAUGCCCAUCAUCUGGAUUUCUCGAACGUGGCGCUGUGGUUCAGCAAUCAUGCGACAGAUGUUUGAAAGUAUACCUGGUACAAUGGUAAUUGGUGAGCCAGAUGCUUUAACAAGUUUAAGCAACCUGGAACGAGAUCAAAUCAUUUCAAAGUCAGAAUAUAAGCAGCUUCUAGAAAGUACCAUUCGAAUUCUUUGUAAACCAAAUGAACGAGCUAAGAUGGUGUGUAUCAAGACCAGACCAUGUUGCUUCCGAAUGGUGCCUGACAUCUAUUCCACACAGCCAUCCAUUAGACAUAUAUUUAUGUACCGAAACAGCCUAAAGACAGUCACAUCCGUUCUAGGAACCACACUGAAUUCUAACAUUCUCUUCCAAAUUGUUCGUUUUAUUGUUGACAACAACAGCCUCUCCAAAAUACUGCCGUGUGUGCGCCGUAAGAUGUAUGACAUGUUUGGUCAUUUAAACAAAAGUGACAAAACAUUGAAAGAUACUGCACCAAACUUCAGCUCUGUUGGAAUCAUCAUUGCUGGUUGGGCUUCGAGUGUUUCAAAAUGUGAGGAACUUCGUACAUACAACAUACCAAUUCUACCAGUUAUUUUUGAAGACCUCAUUAAAUAUCCACGUAAAACUUGUGAGCUUCUCUUUGAAUAUUUCCAUAUUCCUGAAGAAAAUGUAACUUUGGCAGUUGAUGGUUUUCGAAAGGACACAAGACGAGCAUCAACAAUUCUUGCCAGGUUACCAUUAAAGAAUGAAACAAGAAGGAAUAUUGAACCAGAAAAACGAGCUGAGGCUGAUGCUAUUUUAAAGAAAUAUUCUUUACCAAAAUUAGGGGAACGUUAUGAAAUUCCAGGAUUUUUAAGUAUUGAUUGAGUUCUUUCAAAUAUUUUAACUAGUCCUUAUUCAAUUUAGUUUAAAACUGCCAACAGUUCUAUUAUUAUUAUUAUUAUUAUUAUUAUUAUUAUUAUUAUUAUUAUUAUUAAGGUGGUGGUAAGCUGGCAGAACCAUUAACAUGCUGGACAAAAUGCUUAGUAACAUUUUGCCUGUCUUUACAUUCUGAGUUAAAA